AUGGCCUUCAACUUCAACUGGUCUCCCUUGUCCACGGACGCCGGCUUCCUACCACGCGCCCAAGAACUCCUCACAAAUGCUCUCAAUCGAGCCGACCCUAAGCCCGCCAUUAUUGUGGAUGACAUUAUCGUUAAUGAACUCAACCUGGGAGAUGUUCCUCCCGAGCUGGAGAUCUUGGAGAUUGGGGACCUGGCAGAGGAUAGAUUCCGCGGCACGUUCAAGAUGAUGUACAAUGGGAACGCAUAUCUUACCCUCAAGACAAAAGUUCAAGCAAAUCCAUUGAACACAUACCUGCGCACUCGCUCGGCGUUUGCUACACCACGGCCCUUGGCUGCCGAUACUGGUCUGACUAUACCACUACAAAUCACCUUGUCCGAGUUUCGUCUGUCGGGAUUUAUUAUCCUUGUCUUUUCGAGACAGAAAGGGUUGACACUGGUCUUUCGCAACGACCCUUUGGAGUCUCUACGGGUGUCGUCGACUUUUGACUCAAUCCCCUUUGUGGCCAACUUCCUUCAAAAGGAGAUUGAAAGUCAGCUGCGAGGACUUUUGAUGGACGAGCUGCCUGCAAUCAUUCAUCGACUUUCACUGCAGUUGUUGGUACCAGAGGAUAAAGCACGAGAGGAACGUCAGCUUGGGGCCACACAGGUCUCAAAAGAUGAAGUGGUGGUUGAUCCGCUGGCCAGCCCACCUCAAGACCCGGUUGACUCUACCGGCGCGGUGUUGACCCCAGCAGAAGUCGCGUCUUUGUCAUUGGAUUCGUCGAUCGAGACCCAGUCGCUGUUCUCACGAAAAAACCUGGUCCGGCUAGCUACCUUGACCGAUUCACACCGUACGUUGUCGUUGUUCACUCCAUCCAUUCGGGAUGCCGUCUUCCGAGCCUGGACCGGUCCAUUGGAAAGGGGCGAGAUGACGGGGCUUCUGACCAGGACAACAACCCCAGCCCUGUCUCGCACCCAUUCGUAUGCUGGAAGUCUCAGUGCGUCGACGGCAUAUACCUUUGAUGGUGGCUGGUCUCGUCCGCCUCUGUCGAGCUUUGCUUCUUCAAGUCACGGUCUAAGCAUGGGCAGUGGCAGACAUGGGCAAGCGCACAGGGCGCGCCGAAGGAAGAAGCGUGUGGUGGACCUGCGGCCUCACCCGGAAACAGGGGAACCUGAAAUGGUUGUCGAAGACAGUUCAACAGCUGAUUCCGCUAGUGUGUCGGAAAGCACAUCAACUGCGGCGUCCGUCUUCUCAGCACCUGCCGCUACUACGAUGUCUCCGGAUCCGAUUCAAGGUCUCAAUCCAGUCACACCUCCCCGAAGUCCUGUGGCAGCCAAGCGAGCAGCAGCCUUUGAAUCGCUUCGCCGGGGAGGGAUACGUAGCGUCAGUGAAGGCACGCCUACACAGGAACCCAUGGAUCAGAUCGAAGAACCACCGUUGGACAUCCACCAAACCCCGCGAGCCAAGGAUCCCAACGCGACCAUUCGGAUCCACACUCGAAGAACAUUUCCUACAUCCUGCGAUGACGACGAGACACCUCGGGCUUCGAUGUAUCUGCUCGAUCAGAAGGAGCCAUCGGUGUCUCAGCAAUCGGCUGAGCCUAAAGUUCUUGUCAACGAGAAAGCCGGGCUCCAUUCCGUUGCAGGCCCAUCGCGGCCUGCUCUUCCGAAUUUCCUUCAGUUUGUCGCCGAUCCAUCCAACGGGGGCAGCAUUGCAGAGCGUGCAUGGAUGAUGAAGAUGGCGAACGAGAUGGCGCAGCGUUAUGAAGAGGAAAGACUUAAAGGCAGCUUCGGACCGGUGUCUCGGGAGGAAGAAGCGAAUCCUCCUCCAGCCUACGCGCGGUGA